GACAAACCGGAAGCAUGCUCGGCUUAUUGGCGCGAGUAAAGGAACUUGGAUAGUUCGAAGAGUUUGUGUUAAAAUGUUUUCUCCAGCCCCAAAAGGAUCUUCUUCUCGACUAAAAGCAUCACCAUUUACACCAUCAUUUAAAGGAACACCUAAUAAGAGGGCAUCUUCCAUUUUCAGUCCUCGUCGAGUGAAGGAUCGAAGAUUACAAGCUGGCAAUCGAUCCCUUCAGUUAUCUCAGAUUCUCGAUGACACAUCACAUCACAAGGUGGAAAGCUUUGGCCUUCCUUUACCAGUUCUGAUCACGGAGGCAUUGACAUUAACAGAUCGUUCUACACAGGUGACAGUGAAUAUAGAUCCAAGUGGAUGGGCCUGGCUGGUGGGUGGACGUAAAUUGUUUGUGUGGCGGUACAAAACCACUGGCAGGGGCUUCCAGUGCAAAGAACUGACUCUGCCUCCCAGUGACCUUGCUCACAGCGCAGCACGUGUGUGUGUGCUGGCUGGGAAAAGUGACAGUAACCCUACAGCAUGUAUAGCUGUCUCACCAGAAGGUGUGGUUCGUUAUUGGCCUAAUAUAGCUUAUGAGGCUUCAACAGCAGAAAUCAGCGCUGAGCUUAAGGGAGAAGAGUGUGCCAGCGUUGUCAACUUUCAGCCCUUUGGUUGCCUCCUGGCCACAACUACAAGUUCUUUGUUGCUGCUCAUGCCAUCCUUUGGUCAGAAUGCCAUCACAUGCAGUGCAUUAAAAACAUCACAAGGCAUGUUUUCUGGCAUUGGACGCCGUAUGUCUUCAUUCAUCUUUGGUGCAUCCCCUGCUCAGACAUCAGGCGCACCCUUGCAGGCCAUUGUCGCUGGUGAAUAUGAUGAAGAAGACGGAGCACGACCAUUCUAUGUGCUGUCAGAUGCACACUUGCAAAAGUGGCGCAUGUCUUUGCAGUACCCAGAGAAGAUUCUGUACCAAGCUGAUAUUGUCCGUUUGUUUAGAGAUGCUUUGGCCCGAAAAGUGUGGGACCAGGAUUCAGUUCAACUUCCCCAAUUAAAUGUCUGGUUAUUGGACAUGCAACUUGUAAAUGAUGGAGUAAUGGUUCUUGGUGCUGGUGUCAACUUGGAAGCCAGUUUAGUCUUGUACUAUGCUUUGGCAACUUUACAGACAGCUGGUGACCAACAACCAGUUCAACUUGAGAAGUUAAUCAUGCUGGGUCAUACAGAAAAAUAUGAGGAGCAGAGAGAAGAGGAGUUACUGAAGUAUGGUUUACUAGUCCCUAGCACAUUCUCUUCAGAAGCUUUUGUCUAUGGAUCUCGAGUUAUCUUCAUGGUUUCCAUUAAUGACAGCCAGCUAUCGGACAGAAUGGAUCUGCAGUCUCCAUCAGACCAACUUAUAGGAGCAGGCACUUGUGAUGGCCAUGCUUUGUUUUUCUCCAACAAUUAUGGCAUGUUGUGCAUCACACCACAGCAAGCAGUAGAAACUAGUAUCCUGGAAGAAAUAGGUCAAGACAGUUUGCUGAGAUCUGGAACAUCUUUUAUGGGCUUCAGCAAAUCCCAAGCUCUUGAACUCAGUCAGUGUGAAGACAAGCUGUCCCGUCUAAAGGCCUGCUUUAUUACAUCAUUGUCUGGAAAUCAGGGAGAGGUUGAGAAGUUGCUGGGGGACUUGUUACCCCCUGCAGUGAUGGAGUUAUCAGUGAGUGAAACGGGCAGGGAAAUCGACAAGCUGGUUGCUGCUCUUAGUUGUGAUAUCAUCGAUGAUUAUCCCACAGCUGACCCACGCUGGGCAGAAAGUAUUAGGCAAGAGGGAGGAACAACAAACUCUCUGAUCAUUGCCCAACAGCUACGGGACAAAGUGAAGGCGCAUGACUACUUCCGGGCUUUUCUGAAAAAAUAUGGCCUCUGGAGUCAGUUGUCAGUAACACCUGUGAGAGAUGGGUUGAUGUCAACCUGUCUCCUGCUUUGCGAGCAUGUAGAAAAGUUGGAAGCUGCUAUCAACCUGCGGGAACAACGGCCUGAGUACACCAAGAUUGUUGAUGUGUGCAUCAGACAAGUGCUGAAACAAAGAGAAGGCCCUCAUCCUUCUGGCCUAACACCACAAGAUAUCUUCUACAGAGAGGUCUCCAAGGUGCAGGAUAUAGCAGUGGCGCUUCUACAGCAUGAGAUGGAUGCCCUGGCAUCAGGGUUGACCGCCAGGCAGAGCUCUCAGCUUGUGGUCAGCAUCAACAGCAUUCUGCAGGGUAUGGUGACUGCUGCCCUUGUGUAUCGUCAGUCACAUGCUGAGGUCUAUCAAGGUCCAGAAGACGAGAACAGAAUAAUGCCAGAGUAUGUGCCGUGGACAUCAACGUCAGGAAGCAAUGGUUUGCGUACCAUCCUGUCCAAGCAGGUCUCUGUUACUGUGGAAAGAGCCAUUCCAGAGACCCAGGAUGUAGAAACACGGGGCACUUUGUUCCAGCAGCUGCUGGAUCUGGCUGAUCUUCUCCUGGACGGCUACAGCAGUCAGCUGCAAUCACUUCGCUGAGCCAGCAACAGUCAGCGUUAUACACAACUUCUGCGAAAGUAUGAAGAUGAGCGGCGGAAGCUGGCUGAACCUCUGUUGGAACAUGAGCAGUAUGACAGAGCAGCUUCCCUUGCAGAGAAGUACUUUGACUUUGAUGUUCUCAUCAGCGUGUGUGAAGCCACAGAAAACCAGGACAGACUACAGAGAUACAUCACACAGUUUGCUGACAGGGGUUUCUCACAACACCUGUUCAACUGGUAUCUGAAGGAAGGUAAGCGAAGCCAACUUCUUUCCCACCAGUUUGCUCAUAAUCCUGAGCUCAAGAGUUUUUUGGCUGCAGAAAACACGCGCUACCUCAGCUGGUUACAUGAGAUCAACACUGGAGACUUUCUAGCAGCACAUGAGACACUUGUGGAUUUAGCAAGGAGUGAAAAAGUAUUUCUAGCCAAGAAAAAGACUUUGCUGAGUUUGAGCAAACUGGCUGCUUUAGCAAGUGAUCAGCAGGAGACUUUGGAGACUAAUAUUGAAGCAAUCAAUGAGGAACUAAAUUUAGUUCAGCUGCAGGAGACCCUGCCUUCUGAAGCUCUUGAGAGUAUUAGCAUGGAUCCUAAGAAUAUGAGAGUAAUGACCCCUUCUGAACUGAUAAGAAUGUAUGCUGGGGACCUCAACAUUUUUGCAACAGAAGUUGACUUCAAGAAAGCAUUGGAUCUUUUGCAGUAUGUUGAUAAGAAUGAUUCUGCAGAGGACUUUGAUGAACUGAAGUUAUUCAUCUGGUGUCAAGCGAUAUUGCGGGACAAAGACCGGUGGACAGAUGACACAGAAACAGAUCCAGUCAAACUGCGGGAUGACACAGUUUUUUUCAAGACUGUGGAUCUUGCUUAUACUGAAGGUGACGAUCUGACUCAGCUUUUGCCACCAGUUGAGCAGAUCCUGGAGCAGAGGAGCUGGGCAACCUACGACAUGACACACAUUUCCAGUUCUUGUUGAAAAGCAGCUAUGAGCUCAUACGAAAUGUGCUACUUUCCAGCUGAACGGAAUUGAAUCAUCUGCCAGAACUUAAGCAGACUGACAUGCAUUAUUCCCAACCCCAGCCCUUAAAAAGAGAAAGCAAGUGGUUGUGAAAAAGCUAGUCUGUCCGUGGCUCAAACCAUUAUCUUUAUGACAAUGUUAUAUUUAAGACGUUGGAUUGAUACUACAAAAAUUAAUGCAAAUUGCUAGAAUGAAACUUAUGUUGUUAAAACUGAAUACUAAGUAUGCUUGAUAUUUCAUUGCAACUGACUGAAUGAACUAAUUAAGCUCGUAUGUUGGGGAACAUGAUGAGUAAAUGAGUUCGAUGCACAGAACAUAUGGAUUUCAAUAUUCCUGGAGAGUGACACAAAUAAAGUUUGC